CCUCAGUUUUCUGCAGCCUAAACUAGCGGAGUGACGUCAUCCUCCCCAUGACCCGGAAGUUCUGCUGCUGUUUCUUGACACGUAGCUAGCGGCGUUGGCGGAGUCCUGGGCGAUUAACGGCUGCUUGCAAUGUCAGGGUUUGACAACUUCAACACAGACUUUUAUCAGUCUAGUUACAGUGUGGAUGAUCAGAACCAAGGAGGACAUGGCUACAGCAACACAGAUGACCCGUACAGCAAACCGUAUGGACAGUACGACUACUCGCAGCCAAUGGGCUACUCAGCGGCUCCGGGAAUGAUACCCCCCCAGCAGCCGUACACAGGGCAGAUCUUCCAGCCCACGCCAGCCUUUACGCCAGCCUCCACCCAGUCCAUGUACAGUAGCAGCUUUGAGGAUGAGCCCCCGUUGCUGGAGGAGCUGGGGAUCAAUUUUGACCACAUCUGGCAGAAGACUCUGACUGUGCUGCACCCGCUGAAGGCAGCAGAUGGCAGUAUAAUGAACGAAACAGACCUGGCUGGGCCCAUGGUUUUCUGUCUGGCCUUUGGGGCAACGUUACUCUUGACAGGGAAGAUCCAGUUCGGUUACGUGUAUGGUAUCAGUGCCAUCGGGUGCCUCGGCAUGUACUGCCUGCUCAACCUCAUGAGCAUGACGGGGGUCUCGUUCGGCUGUGUGGCUAGUGUCCUCGGUUACUGCCUGCUGCCCAUGAUCAUCCUGUCCAGUUUCGGGGUCCUCUUUUCCUUGCAGGGCAUGUUGGGUAUCAUUUUAACAGCUGCCAUCAUUGGUUGGUGCAGUUUUUCGGCAUCUAAGAUCUUCAUCUCUGCUCUGGCCAUGGAGGGGCAGCAGCUGCUGGUGGCGUACCCCUGCGCCCUGCUGUACGGAGUCUUCGCCCUCAUCUCUGUUUUUUGAACUCUCAACCUCUUUUAAUGGACAAAAUGACACAACAAUACACAACACGCACUCGUGUCCUUUUAUUUGAGAACUGCUUUUGUGACCGCCACCACACCACACUCCCUCUUGCUGAGUGUUUCCAGUGUUUAUCAUGUUCUGAGAGAAUGUGCCAUUAAUUUAUCCUGCUUUUUCUAUUUUUACCUGCCCACCUACUCUGAGAAAUGCUUUUGCUUACAUAAUGCAGGUUAAAACUCGUUCUUGUUGUUUAAUGCGUUCACCGCAUUCUAUUGUUCUUUUCCGAAAUAGUAUUCUCUAGCAGAGCCAGAAAAUGAAGUGUGUUUAUUGAAGAGAAGAAUGUGUAAUCAUUGCAAAAAGUACACCUCUCCUACACAACAUCUUUAAAGCUUUUGUGUUCCAAGCAUCUCACUCCAGAACGUUCUUUGCAAAGUUCGCUAGAAAGAGUUUUUCUGUACAUUCCUGAAUUGCUGUUGAUUUGUUCGGGCUGUAUUCAUUCAUACACUUGGGGUCAGUAAGAGUGCCUACAUGUUCACACUAUUCCCAUCAUGUACUAGGCGAAUUAAAUGAAAUUAUACAAAACUCACACUUUUGUGCAUCUUUUGCAAGCCGCUUUAGAGUAUUUUAGACAAAACGAAAAAUGCUUUCAUUUAUUCACUCACUCUCAUUUAGUUUCAAACCUGUAUAACCUCUAACGUUAAUGAAAAAGCAAUUAAAAGUUAUACGUCAUGAUGACUGAAUUUUUUUUUUUUUUUUCAUUUCUGAUAUUUUAGGUUUCACACAUGUAUCCUGAAAUGCAUGAGGCAGAGCCAAUCUUUAUUUAAAACCGUUCUAAAAACAGUCAAAUUUCCAGAAUAAAUCUUUCUGUCCUGUGUGGACUGUAUGUAUGGGCUUUUUGUUCAUUUAAGGAGCCAUGACUGUCCUCUCAGAUAGAUGGGCAUAUUUAUAUACAAUGUAACUGUUUUGUAUAUCCAGAAGAGUGCAAAGUUUAUAUCAAUGCUGUCUUGUGGAAAAUCUGUGACCAACUGGUCGGGUGUUACACUUGUGCUGUUUCACAGACUGUUUGAAUUCAAUAAAAAUGCAAGUUUUGUUUCAAAAUUA